AUGAGUAAAGAUCUGGAUCCAAUGGAUCUCAAAGAAACCGGCGCUCGGCCACCCCAAGCCUCUUCGGGCGAAGCAAUAACCACCCUACCUCGUGAAAACAGCCGGAGUGCCGAUAAGCGAGAACAAGAUGGCUCGUCUCUGGUCGGCAGCCGGAUCUCAUCCAGUAGCGAUGACUCUUCAACUUCGGGUCAUCGUGUGACAUCAAGGGUACCAAGUCACGUUAGCGAGAAUCGUCCCGUUCAAAAUGAAGAUGACUUCUUCCGCGUCUUGUCUCGGCGCCGGACAACAGGCAGCCUUGGUUCCGGCACAGAAGGAGUGGAAGACUCGGCAGAGAUAGAACGUCUCAUGUCGCGCAUGUUUGGCCAUGCUAGACGAGAGCAAAACCCAGAAGAGAAUCUGCGACACAGCGGCGUCAUCUUCCGCGAUCUAACCGUCAAAGGAGUCGGCCUCGGUGCCAGUCUUCAACCAACCGUCGGCGACAUAUUCUUGGGCCUUUCUAGGAAAAUUAGGAACCUCAUCAGGGGCGGCCGCAAAGCUGCCCAAGCCAAGCCACCGAUAAGAGAGCUGAUUAGCCACUUUGACGGUUGUGUCAGACCUGGUGAGCUUCUGCUCGUUUUGGGGCGUCCUGGAUCUGGAUGUUCGACGUUCCUCAAGGCAUUCUGUAACCAGCGGUAUGGCUUUGAAGCUGUGGAAGGAGACGUCAAGUACGGCGGGACGGACGCCAAAGAGAUGGCAAAGCAUUUUCGCGGGGAAGUCAUUUAUAACCCUGAGGAUGACUUACACUAUGCGACCCUGACGGUGAAAAGAACCUUGUCAUUUGCUCUUCAGACACGCACACCGGGCAAAGAGGCGCGACUCGAGGGAGAAAGCCGCUCAUCGUAUAUCAAGGAAUUCCUUCGCGUCGUCACAAAACUCUUCUGGAUCGAACACACGCUUGGGACCAAAGUUGGCAAUGAAUUUAUCCGCGGUGUUUCUGGUGGCGAGAGAAAACGUGUCAGUAUCGCAGAGGCCAUGAUCACCCGCGCCUCUGUGCAAGGCUGGGAUAACUCAAGCAAAGGCUUGGAUGCAAGCACGGCGUUGGAAUACGUGAGGGCCAUUCGAGCAAUGACAAACAUGGGCAAAAUCUCAACCUCGGUGUCGCUCUACCAGGCUGGAGAGUCUCUAUAUGAGCUGGUGGAUAAGGUGCUGCUCAUUGACGGCGGCAAGUGUCUCUAUUUUGGCCCCUCGGAAAAAGCAAAGAAAUACUUCUUGGACCUGGGCUUCGACUGUCCCGAGCGGUGGACGACGGCAGACUUUUUGACGUCCGUCAGCGACCAGCACGAACGCAGUAUCCGCCCCGGCUGGGAGCAGCGCAUCCCACGAUCUCCCGAUGAGUUUUUCAAUGCGUACCGGAAGAGCGAGAUCUACAACGAGAACGUCGCAGACAUGGCUGCUUUUGAGAAAGAAGUCCACACCCAAGUCGAGGAGCGGGAGGCGUCACAGCGCAAGAAAAUAGAACACAACUAUACCCUAGCCUUCCAUCAGCAGGUAAUUGCCUGCACAAAGCGCCAGUUCCUCAUCAUGAUAGGAGAUUCGGCCUCUCUCUUCGGCAAAUGGGGCGGUCUCCUGUUCCAGGGCCUCAUCGUUGGCAGCUUGUUCUAUAACCUCCCUGAAACUGCGGCCGGGGCGUUCCCAAGGGGAGGAACGCUAUUCUUCCUGUUGCUCUUCAAUGCUUUGCUUGCGCUGGCAGAAAUGACGGCAGCCUUUACCUCGAAGCCCAUCAUGCUCAAACAUAAAUCGUUUUCAUUCUAUCGGCCAGCGGCGUACGCGGUUGCGCAGACCGUCGUGGAUGUCCCUCUAGUGUUUAUACAGAUCGUCCUGUUCAACACCAUCAUAUACUUCAUGUCGCAUCUAUCUCGAACAGCAUCGCAGUAUUUCAUCGCCACUCUCAUAUUAUGGCUUGUUACCAUGGUUACAUAUGCAUUCUUCCGGUGCAUUGCGGCCUGGUGCCCGACUCUCGAUGAGGCGACGCGAGUGACUGGAGUUGCGGUGCAGAUUCUGAUUGUGUACACGGGAUACUUGAUCCCUCCCUCUCAAAUGCACCCGUGGUUUUCCUGGCUUCGAUGGAUAAACUGGAUCUUUUACGGAUUCGAAUGUCUGAUGUCGAACGAAUUCACAGGUCUGCAACUCGAGUGUGUCAGUCCAUAUCUGGUGCCUCAAGGGCCGGGUACAUCAUCACAGUUCCAGUCUUGCACUCUUGCGGGCAGCCAACCGGGCCAGACGACUGUCGAUGGCGCGGCUUACAUCAAAUCUGCCUUUCAGUACACCAGAGCGCAUCUGUGGCGCAACUUUGGGGUUCUCUGGGCCUUUUUCAUCUUCUUUGUCUUUAUGACGGCGUUUGGGAUGGAGAUUAUGAAGCCCAAUGCUGGUGGAGGAGCAAUCACCAUGUUCAAGAGAGGUCAAGUACCAAAAGCCGUGGAGACGUCUAUAGAGACUGGCGGUAGAGGUCAAGAGAAGAAGAAGGCGGACGAAGAGUCUGGAGCUGUAUCUCACAUCACCCCAGCCAUGGUCCAGGAGAAGGAGCUUGAGAACAGCGAUUCAACCGGCGACGGUCCUGAAAUUGCCAAGAACGAGACUGUCUUUACGUUUCGUAAUAUCAACUACACCAUCCCAUACCAAAAGGGCGAAAAGAAGCUUCUUCAAGAUGUCCAGGGCUAUGUCCGGCCCGGAAAACUCACUGCCCUGAUGGGCGCAUCAGGCGCGGGAAAGACGACUCUACUCAACGCUUUAGCACAACGCCUCCGCUUCGGGACGGUCAACGGCGAGUUUCUUGUUGACGGCCGGCCUCUGCCCAAGUCCUUCCAGAGGGCCACAGGAUUCGCUGAGCAAAUGGACAUUCACGAACCCACGUCGACAGUGCGUGAGGCCCUCCAGUUUUCUGCUCUCUUGAGACAACCAAACGAGGUCCCAAAGGCGGAGAAACUCGCAUAUUGCGAAACCAUCAUCGACCUCCUUGAGAUGAAAGACAUUGCUGGCGCCACCAUUGGCAAGAUUGGCCAGGGCCUAAACCAAGAGCAACGAAAGCGAUUAACCAUUGGAGUUGAGCUGGCGUCCAAGCCCGAGCUGCUCAUGUUUCUCGACGAGCCAACCUCUGGCCUUGACUCUGGAGCGGCGUUCAACAUUGUGCGAUUCCUGCGAAAGCUAGCCGAUGCCGGCCAAGCAGUCUUGUGCACCAUCCACCAGCCAUCAGCGGUGCUUUUCGAACACUUUGACGAGCUCCUGUUACUCAAGAACGGAGGAAGAGUCGUGUAUCACGGGCCCCUGGGAAAGGACAGUCAGCCCCUGAUCAGAUAUUUCGAGUCCAACGGCGCCCACAGAUGCCCUCCUAAUGCGAAUCCCGCCGAAUACAUGCUGGAUGCCAUUGGCGCAGGCGAUCCCAACUAUCACGGCCAGGACUGGGGCGAUGUAUGGGCAACAUCAACAGAACAUGGCGAGCGCACCCGUGAGAUUCAAGACAUGAUCUCGGCACGGCAGAAGGUUGAAUUAUCCAAGAACCUCAAAGACGACCGCGAAUACGCCGCUCCCCUAUCACUGCAGACAGCUCUAGUAGUCAAACGAGCCUUUGUCUCGUACUGGCGAGCUCCAAACUACAUUGUGGGCAAGUUCAUGCUACACAUCCUGACGGGAUUGUUCAACUGCUUCACCUUUUGGCGUCUGGGCUACUCCACAAUCGCGUAUCAGAGCCGGCUCUUCUCCAUCUUCAUGACGCUCACCAUCUCGCCGCCCCUGAUCCAGCAGCUGCAACCCGUGUUCCUCAAUUCGCGCAACUUGUUCCAGUCCCGCGAGAACAACGCCAAGAUUUACUCGUGGCUAGCAUGGGUCACCUCCGCCAUCAUCGUCGAAAUCCCAUACGGCCUCGUAGCGGGCGCAAUCUACUUCAACUGCUGGUGGUGGGGGAUCUUUGGCACACGCGUGUCCGGGUUCACGUCCGGCUUCUCCUUUCUGCUGAUGAUGGUCUUUGAACUGUAUUACAUCAGCUUCGGCCAGGCCAUUGCCUCGUUCGCGCCAAACGAGCUGAUGGCAAGCCUGCUGGUGCCCGUCUUCUUCCUCUUUGUGGUCAGUUUCUGCGGUGUUGUCGUGCCUCCGAAUCAGCUGCCGACGUUUUGGAGGAGCUGGAUGUACUGGCUCUCCCCCUUUCACUAUCUCUUGGAGGGCUUCCUCGGCGCGGCCAUUCACGAUCACCCAGUCCGGUGCAGCAGCAGCGAGUUUGCACGCUUCGGUGCCCCGUCGGGCCAGACGUGUGAAAGCUAUACAGCUUCGUUCAUCAACCAGUCUGGCGGAUACGUGCAGACGGCAGCAGACGGCUCGUGUGAAUUCUGUCAGUAUGCAACGGGAGAUCAAUUCGGCAUGGGCUUCAGCGUCGAGUAUAGCCACAUAUGGAGGGACUUUGGCAUCUUCUGCGGCUUCAUCGCGUUCAACUAUGGGGUUGUGUAUUUCUCGACUUGGUUGAAGUUUUCUGCGAGGAAUCCGUUCAAGGUUAUCAUGACAAGGCUGGGGAGAAACAGCCACCGAGCUGAUUGA